CUCGCCAAGCGACAAUGCUUGGUUUUCUGUCGCAAAUCGCGGGCUCCUCAAAGAAAUUGACUCCAGACCCCUCUUUUUCUGCUGCUUACACGGUUCGCGGACUCGUCCAAGGACCUCCGAAAAAAUGUCACUCUUCGUACCACACAUGUGUGGCAAUAAACAAACUAUCCGGACUAGCCGGUCGCUUGCUCUGUGAGUAGCACAUCACCGGAUCCAACAUAACUACGGCUGCGAAGGCUGAGAUGCGAAGCGCAACAGUCAUCGCAGGGUGAGGUCACAUGUGAAACGAGGCGAACGGACGACGGCCAGCGUCCAGCGAGUGUUGUGCCCGUUCUACUAGUUUCCCGGGCGGGCUGUCCAGCUGGGGUGUGUAUUCGAACGAACACCAGAAAAGACGGGCAAGACCUGUGCAAGUUUCAUUUAGGUGUCGCCGACUUACAGAAACCAUUGACGACUGCGAAGUCUAUCUUCGGGGAUCCGAUCUUCUUCUGUCGAUGCGUCUACGCGAUUGUCUUGCUCUUCAACCCUCCACUAGGUCGAUACUUGUCACCUAGAUCUGUGUAGAAACAACUGGUGAAUAGCUGCGCGCCCCACAUGUGUCGCGUCGCUGUUGCUUGACAGUCUACAGCUAUAUGCUAAUAUGUCCCUGAGAGUCGCGACGCCGACCGUGCCAGAGGGCGUCAGAGUGUCGCAACGCGACACGUAGAUGUAUGGGCAGUUUAACACCCAUCAUGUCUUUGCUAUAUCCGGGUUUUCGUUUUCGGGGCUCCAGUGAAGCGAGAUUAUAUCUUCAGCAAGUCACUAAGCCUAGUAGAUGUAUGUGCUCGUACUGCAACCCCCCUCCUGGCAUCUUGCGUCGCAUAGCAGACAUACAUCGUGGGGUUUUGGCCCGCUAGGUUACCAUCACGCUCAACGGCUUCCAGUUGAGGAACCGUGUUUUCCCCACAUUUUCAUGAUUUUGUCCAAAAGUUGCAGAGUCGACUUCCAUCUCUGGAUAAGGCAACAUGGCACCGGAAAAUGGUAGAAGCAGUUAUUCUGCAUAUAUCAGACUGUUGUGGCUUCUGACGGCGGUAACUGCUGCGUCGGCCCUCGUCACGAACGUCUCGGGGGGGACGGCAGGCGAAGAUCAAACUUAUGGAUAUGUGAAUGUCGGAAACAACUCUGAUGGUGUCACGUUCAUUUUUUACGGCGCAACCGGAGAUCUCUGCAGGAGGAAAAUUUACCCGACGGUCUUCCAACUAUAUUUGGAGAAAAAGCUGCCGGAGUCGUUUCUCAUUGUAGGCAUGAGCAAUCAAGCCAUGAGCUUGGUCGACUUCCGUAAGAUGCAUCGUCCUCAGCUCGAGAAUGUCUUGCGUUCUUAUAAGCGGCUACGUGAUCCUGCGAGGCUACUGAAUCAGUUUGAGCAGCGGAUGAGCUACACCACGGGAUCGAUCGACGAUGAUAAUAUUUUAAGUCAUUUCUGCCACAAUAUAUCGAGAAUGGAACAGGCACAAUCCCCUAACGCUUCUUGGGGCCGAGUACUGUACUUGGCGCUGCCUCCUCAUAUUUUCGCUCCGGCGGCGGCCGGCUUCAAGCGGAAUUGCUCGACACAUAACGGGUGGACGCGAGUAGUAGUUGAAAAACCAUUUGGACGUGAUUAUGAGAGCUCAGAGCUUCUUUCGGAGCAGCUGAGGAGCGUGCUGCUUGAAGAGGAAACAUACCGAAUAGAUCACUAUCUCGGCAAGGAGAUGUUACAGGCACUGCCACCGCUGCGAUUCACGAACUUCUUCCUCGAGCCGCUCAUGAACCGAAAUUUCGUGAAAGCACUCACGAUUUCUUUCAACGAGGAUAUUGGUAUCAGCGGCCGCGGCGAGUUCUUUAAUGCAUACGGGAUCAUUCGGGACGUCAUGCAGAAUCACCUCCUCCAACUUCUAACUCUCGUGGUGAUGGAAAGACCAGCCACUUUGAGUGAUGAGGAUAUCAGAGACGAGAAGGUUAAGGUUCUGAAACAGAUCGCUCCCAUUAAACUAGAGGAGACCAUUGUCGGUCAGUACUCAAAGUCGGAGGAUGGAAGCGCUGGAUCGUAUCUGGAGACCGAUGGAGUGCCCUCGCACUCUCGAACGCCCACUUACGCCGCGGUAUGUAUGCACAUACGAAGUCCUCGGUGGGAAGGAGUUCCCAUUUACAUGGAGGCUGGUAAAGGCAUGGGCAAGAGGAUCGUCUACGUCCGCAUAGACUUUGCUGGCGUCCCGGGAUUCAGAGAGAGUAACUAUGACUUCCCAGGAAAUAGUUUGAUUUUAGAAGUCCAGCCGCACCCGUCUGUGCGCUUUGAAGUCAAUGCCAGGGCACCUGGACUCGGAGCGACUUUGGGAAGGAACGUCUUGAAAAUGGAUGUCAAUCCGGACGGCGUGCGGAUCCCCGAUGCAUACGAAAAUCUUCUCCUCAACGUGCUCAGCGGCGACAAAAGCCAUUUUGUUAGAACGGAUGAGCUCCGCGAAUCAUGGAGAAUUUUCACGCCGAUGUUACAUGCAUUAGAAGAUUUACAGGUCCAGCCACGACUGUAUCCUUUCGGGACACCUGGUCCUAGUGGCGCUGUUGAUGAGCUGCGCGCAGCUGUCGCUGCCUCAGUGAACGGUACGCAAGGCAAAUCUACGAUAGAUAGCAGAGUCUCUCUGCGUUUUUCUGCCAGCACAGGGAAACAGAGGUAAUGCUCGUCGUAUUCGCUUAAGCACAAAGCAGGCGCCAGGGGAUCACUUGUGCUAUAGCGUGAGGAGUUUCUGUUUUGGUAGGGCGUGUGAUUUUGGUAAAUUAUAGUAACGUUGGUAACUAGUGGAGCUAUCAGUGAAAGCGUAGACUUGCAUCUCUUGACGCUUCAUGCAUGUGUUGUAAGAAGUCGACGUCCGAAAUAGCCGCAGGUUUCCCUUUGUCAGACAGCGACGGUUAGGCCGUAACUGCGGCUGAAGAUGCUCUUUAAUUCAGUAAUGCAGACAGGGACAGUAACAUACACAUUCGUUUCACCCGUGGAGGCGGAAAGCUCCUGGCACGUGUUUCGUAACUGGAUGAACGUUUUUUAUACCACAGCAGUCAUAAGACAUUGGCCGCUCUUUGGCGUUAUUCUCUCACUCGCACACGAUUAUAUUAGCAGCCGAAGAAGAAUGGUGCGACAGAUAUGGGAGGCACUCGCAGCCAGCACAGCAAGACAUCACACGUGAAGGCAACAAGCAACUUGAGGACGACAACUGGCGAGUGUUGCUCUCGUUCCGCUUUGUUUGGCCGAUUGUUCCCAUUCUUCCAUUUCCUGGUUCCAACGUUCCAAGCUGCAAAGCUCUGUUGGCAGCAUUCAUAUGACAGGCCAUGGCAAACGUCUUGAUACCCCCGGCACUUCGUGGGUAGCGUGACGAUGCGUUAGGACACUUGAAAGACAGAACAUAGUACGGUUGUU